UAGAAAUUGUGCAGGCUCUACUAUCCUCUCUCGCUCUCUCUCUCACGCUCUGUGUCUUGGCCCGGCCCAUCGUUACCCUGCAUCAAAUAGUCAUGAACUCUCUCCCUCUCUGUUCGAGUGCUUGCAACGACGCCCAUUAUGCAUUUGCAAAGGGUUCUUUGAGGGAGGAAGCCAGCCCAAUUUCUCAGCAACAUAAACGAACUCCCAAUACCGUACCUUUUUUGGCAUCUCCUUUCAGUCUCGUAGCUGCAGCUAUGCUUACCUUAUCCUCUCCAUCUUUUGUCAACCCCCCAGUAUCCAUGGCAGAACCUGUUGCUGCAUCCAAAGGAGCAGCGCUCUUUCAGAAAGCUUGCGUCGGCUGUCAUGAUAUGGGAGGAAACAUAAUACAGCCCGGAGCUACUCUCUUCACCAAGGACUUAGAGAGGAAUGGUAUAAACACAGAGGAGGACAUAUACAAUAUCACGUAUUAUGGCAAGGGAAGAAUGCCUGGCUUUGGGGAGAAAUGUACUCCAAGGGGUCAGUGCACAUUUGGACCAAGGCUGCUGGAGGAUGAGAUCAAGCAAUUGGCAGAGUUUGUAAAGUUACAGUCUGACAAAGGAUGGCCUAAUAUCGAAAGUUUGGGAGAUUGAUUCAUGUGCAUCAAGGGGAAAAAAAAAACUCAAUUCAGCAUUUGUUAGCAGCGAAACAAAAUGAAAAUAGUUUGAUGAACUAGUUUUUGUGUUUGUUUGUCUAUUGUGUUUCAUGUAUAUCAGUACCUAUAUAUUUCAUGAUUGAUGCAAAAUUCAUCUUAUGGCUGUGUCA